AUGACGGACUCGCCAUUUCCCAACGCAACCGCGGUACAAACGGAGUUCCAUUCGUUACGGUCGUCAACCUCGACGCAGUCACCCCGUAGCCCGACCCGUUGUCCGCCGUUUGCUGGCAAAUUCCGCUACGCGGUCAUCGCAGGGAUCGUAGCGAUCGCGUUGGCAGCAGCGAUUACGCUUAUCGUCGUGCUAACCACAUCAGAUGACGAUGAGAGCACGGACCCAUUGGUGGCAGGGAGCGCUCCGCUCGUGCUGCCUCACGUCGCUGUAGCCAACUUGACCAUGGUGAGUGCAGCGUCAACUGACAGGACGCUGGAGGCGUGCGUCCAGCGUGGAUGGAUCCCAACGGGUGUCGACUGGGCCGCAGCAGUUUCAGCAUCAAGUGGCCCAUUGUGGUACUUGUGCAUGCAGCAGAGCAUUCAAGGCGAGGAAACUGAUGUCGUGGGGGCCGUCAGUUUGGACGGUGUGUCGGUGAUGCGUCGCAUCGUUGUCGUGUCAGAUACCGAUAGCUGUCCGUCGCCCAUGCAGACGGUGUCAAACCCAAGCUCCAGCGUCUUCGUCUGUGCAGAAUACGUCUCGGCUACCACUGCAUUCGAGACUCAACAGUACGUGGUCGACCUCAUGACAACUACCGAUGCGCGUUACCCUGUGCGUCCCAUCGUUGGACUUGCUGUUCUGACCAAUGCGACAAGUGGUACCAUGUAUUCCGCUUGUGAUGAGCUACAGCCGCUGGGACAAUGGGAGGCACCAGGAUUCAUGCUCAAGUCAUCUGCUAGCAGGAGCAGCAGCUCCAGUAGCGUUGUUGUUUGCGUGCGGCGUCCGUCGUCCAGCACGACUGGUGCCUAUUCCGUCUUGACUGCCCUUGAUGUGGUGUUGCCAACAGAAUCGUGUCCUGGAUCGAGUGUCAAUGGCACGGAAAUUGUCAGUGAACGGAUCAAACUUUGCGCUGGAUGGAGCCUUGUUAACUUCGGAAACACUAGCAACUUGGUAUCCAUCCCAGCAACUUCAUCGUUUGUUGCGGAGUUGUCACAGUACCAAACUACUGAAGAUGAAGCUGCUAGUUUCAACAUCUCGUCGCUCCCUGGCGAUUGGGACGUUAGUGGAUAUGGAUCUACGGGAGAUGUGCGUACAUUCUUCUUGACUCGACAGUACAAGCCGUUUGUCCUGAACACCACGUCCAUCAGCACCGGUAACACUGCAAACGUUGACAGCGAAGUGUCGUCGUCAGUUGAGGCAGUUGCUUCUCGCUCGCUCGAGGAGCUAUCAUUUCGAGUGCUCCAAAUCGCUGACAUGCAUAUCACCGGUGAUCCAGAUCGUCGGUGUUCCGAUGGCCCUAGCUCGAUUCGGGAUAGCAUUUUGGCAGCUGCGUCCGAAAUAGCUCAGCAGAUGAGGGAAGAAGGCAAUUUCACGCAAUCAGUAGCCGCUGGCGAAGGAAAUGACCCGCUGUACCGUGAGUGUCGCGAAGCGGUUACGGUCGCAUUCGUCGACGAGUUACUUGACAUUGAGCAGCCUGAUUUUGUAGUAUUCACGGGCGACAAUGUCCAUCAGUACUCGGAUCGAAAGAUGCACACGGUGGCCAUGAACACGUUCACUGCUCGCAUCGAGAGGAGAAAAAUUCCGUGGUGCUCUGUGUUUGGCAACCAUGAUACGGAAGGCGGAUUAUCACGAGAAGAAAUGCUGGAGCUGAUGAUACAAGGGAAGCAAUACUCGCACGUGAAGUACGGUCCUCGUGACAUUGGAGGUGUCGGGAACUACGAGGUUAAUGUUGUGGCACCAGCAGAUGGUAUCUGGGGUGAGAAAGGGUCUACAGUCUUCCGCAUGUAUUUCUUGGACUCACAUGCCCUUAUCGACGCUGCAGCUUAUCCGUCUGUCAUUGACCCCGAUGACUAUGACUGGAUAAAAGAGGCUCAGAUCAACUUUUACCGGGAGCUCGCACAGUCUCACAUGACCGAAGGAGCUGAGCAGAACGACAGUGCAUUGCUGAAUGGCACUGUACCGGCAGUGAUGUACUACCACAUCCCUGUUCCAGAGUACGGGCUAGCCUCCCCGUCGACUCGGGUUGGCGCAAGCCUUGAAACUACUUACAGCGCUGCGGUAAACAGCGGCUUAUUCUCAGCGUUGGUCGAAGUGGGUGAUGUAAAGGCCACUUUCGUGGGGCAUGACCAUGUCAAUGAGUACUGCUACUUGCGUCAAGGCGUUCAACUUUGCUACGGUGGUGGUAUUGGGCUUGGCGCAGCGUACGGGCAGGCCGGCUUUGAGCGUCAAGCUCGAGUACUGGAAUGGAAAUUCCACGUCAACAAAACCCGAACAAUGCGAAGUUGGCAGCGCCAUUUCUCGGAUCCUACACAGAUCCAGUCGCUCGAAGUUCUCUACUCGGAAUAG